AUGGACUCAGCUGAUCAAGAUCCUCCAUCCUCCAGACCCAAGAGAGACCUUCGUCUACCAGAGCAUUUGGCCGAAUAUGAUGUCGUCCUCCUUCCCUCUCAGCAGCCCGCUGCCCAAGUCUCCUCACUUCCAGUAGGACAACCCGGCAAGCGUAAGCCUUCCAGAACCGGGAGUACAUCAGGAUAUCAGUCAUCUACAAGUUCACGACGGUCUUCUCGUUUAUCCCUGGGGAGUCAACUACUGAAGAAUAUGCCAGAUGUUAAAGCAGCUGCGCUGGAAGAGCAGAUCAGAGUUAUGGAGCUUGCAGACCUGCAGCAGGAGAUAGAAGAGGAGAGAGAAGCCGAUUUGGAAGCCAAGACGUUGGAGGAACAAGUUAAAGAAGGACAACGGAUGCAAGAGGAAGCAUACCUUGCCAAGGAAAGGAUGGCCAAGGAGAUAGGACGGCGCAGACGCCUGAAGAAGUUGGAGAAGGAAAUUAAGAUUGCCAGUGCUGUAAAGUGCUUUCUAUCCGAAUCAGAGGAUGAAGCAAAAGACCGUCUCUUCCACCUUCCCAUGUUGCUCAGCAUCCAGCACAGCCACAGCAGCACCCAGAUCAGACAGCUGGUCCAAAGUGAGCUAGGCUCAAUACUCAACUCACCAGCCAUUAAGUCGGGAGAUGCCGAAGCUUUUGACUCCUUCGCCCUCUCAGUCCAGUCUCUGGUUGGUAUGUUACGCACCCUAGAGGGAACCGUCGGAUAUGAGCUCAGGUGUGGCUCCCAUGUCGACCGCCUUUUAAGUAAGAUGUCCCUGGCCCACAGAGAUGGAUUCGUGGAGUACUGUCUUUGUCGAGGCAUCUUGCAGCCAGGUACGGAUAUAACCUACACUCUGCCCGACCUUGCAGCCUGGCUACAGAUGAAAGCUCAAGCUAAACGCCUGGCCAGUCGGGCCACUCAUCUCUACAAUCCUGGGCCUCUUCCAUCCAAGAGGGAACAACAUGGUUCAAAGUGCAAAGACAGAGCUGCUUCAGUCUUCCUGUGCUCUGAGACAACCAAAGACAGGCCGACCACUCCACAGAAGCCACAAGCUUCAAAGUUUACACCAUACUGCCCAUUCUGCAAUAAUAAAGAACACUAUCUCAAUUCUUGUCUUGAGUUUAAGAAACUGAAUUUGAGCGAGAUCAAGAAGUGGAUCCAGGAGGGUGAUAGAUGUUUCAAGUGUGGUCGCAAUCAUAAGGCUGCAGCGUGUACCCUCAAACGCCCUUGUAAGACAUGUAAAGAGACCCACCUUACAGUUCUGCAUGACGUCAUCCAAGAGUUAUCCCAGAGAGUCCUUACGGUGAGUCAUCGGGAACCCACGGUCUACAUUGAACAGCCCAGAAGCCCUCAGAGAGUCCUGUUGAAGAUCGUUAAAGUGCUCUUACAACAUGGAAACCGCACUUUGGAGACGUUUGCAGUACUCGGCGAUGGCUCUGAAAGGUCGAUUCUACUCCCACAUGCUGUAGAGCAGCUUCAACUCAUUAAGCAUCCUGAAACUCUGCACCUGAGGACUGUCCAACAAGAAGUGAAGGAGCUACAUGGUUCUUCUGUCAGUUUCCACGUCUCACCCAUCUUCAAGCCAAACAAGAGCUUCCUGACCCUACCCAGUGCUCCACCUGGAAGCAGCUUCUUCGAGAGGCAGCUACCUCUCUUCACGGGGCGGCUGAUGCAAGCUCCCCUUCAGCAUGCUCAGCAGAUAACUUUCUACAAGCGGAGAAGUUGCUGUUGCAGAAGGCUCAAGAAGACUGUUUUCCCGAAGAAAUAA